UGAAAGAUAUAAAAAUGGCGGUGUAACAAAAAACCCUUAGAAUUACUGAGAUCACUAGAACAUCAUUGGGCGCCAAAAAGCAGAGGCGAAAGUAAUGGAAGACGACUCAGAAUUCGCCUUCAACCUUCAGGUGGAAGAAGCCCUAACUGAAUCACUUCUCGACGGCGCCGUUUCCUCACCCGACACCGCCUCCGUCCCAUACGACGCCGUCUUCGGCGCUUCUCUAUCAAACCUCCUUCAGAGCGACCAUCUCUACAAGUACGAGAAGGAGCUUCUCGACCUGUACAACGGCGAGGCGAAGGCCAAACGCUUGCGCCUCGAUCUCAACCGUCAGAUCCACGACCGCUCUUUCGCUUGCGAGAUUCUCAACCUGCCGGAGGAGGAGUGGAUCAGAACAGGGGAUCAUUUGAUCAGGCCGUACGGCGAGGGCUCUUCGGCGGCGUCGUCGUCCUCCGGUGGGCAAAUUUCGGGAUUUAGGGUUUAUGUCAAGGGUUUGGUGGGGGAAACGAUGGGUGGUGUUGGGGUGGCGAUUUGCGAUGGGAAUCGUAAUCUGGUGUUUGAGUUGGGUAAAGUUUUCAGUUGGAAAGAUGCUCAAGCGAAAUCGAAUGAAUAUUUUGCUGAGUUGAAAGCUUUAACUGAGGGACUUGAUGUUGCUGUAACCCUCGGCUUAAAUAGGAUUACCAUUGUUACGGACAGUCCUUUGCUUUAUCAAUAUGUCACUGGCAAAAACCCGCAAAUGAAUGCAGAUGUUGCCGCAUUAUCCAAUCAGAUAAAUCUUCUUCUCAGAAAAUGUACACACACUCGUGCAUCUUUUGUGGCCAGCAAAGACAUGGUGUUAGCUGUUGAACUUGCAAGAAACGCAAUGGUUUCUAAUGUAAAUUCGUCACGAGGAAAUGGGAACGCAAAUAAUUCGACUGAGAGUUGUACUAUUUGUUUGGAAAACACGUCAGUGGAUCAAAUGUUCCGAAUUGAAGGCUGUCUGCAUAGCUACUGCUUUUUGUGUAUGUCAAAACACGUCCAAUUCAAGUUGCUUCAAGGGAUUUUACCCAAAUGCCCUCACGAGAAUUGCAAGUCCGAGUUGAAACUCGAUAGCUGCAAAAAGUUUCUGACUCCUGAAUUAUCCGAAAUCAUGAGCCAACGCUUGAAGGAAGCAUCCAUUCCUCCGUCAGAGAAGAUUUAUUGCCCCUACGCAAAGUGUUCGACUUUGUUGUCCCAAAGUGAGCUUAAAGAACAUAUGAGUAACUCAACUGCAAAGUGCCCUAGGUGUAGUGGCGGUUUUUGUAUCAAUUGUAAAGUGCCAUGGCAUAGUAAUAUGAGCUGCUCUGAUUUCAAAAGGCUAAAUCCUUACCCGUCUGAAGAAGACAAGAAGCUGAAGUCUUUGGCUGCUCGGAAUCUGUGGCGCCAGUGUCCGAAAUGCAAGAAUAUGGUUUCACUUGCAGUUGGAUGCUACCAUAUUUAUUGCAGGUGCGGACACGAGUUUUGCUAUACAUGUGGAGCGAGAUGGGAAAACAAGAAAGCAACUUGCACUUGCCCUAUUUGGGAUGAACGCAACAUCGUGUACGAUGAAGUGAUGAUAUCUUUUGCUACUCUUAUUUUGCAAAUACCAAAUAGGGCAACUUAUAAAUUGGUUAUUUCAAUAAUAAUGGAUGAAGAUUUCGAUCUCGCCUACAGCCUCCAGUUCGAAGAAGCGCUCAAAGCUUCCCUUCUCGAUGGCGGUGUUAUGCUUACCAACGCCGAUUCCGCCACUCUGCCGUCGGAUCUCCUCCAGAAAGAAAAUCUGCAAAGGUACGAUCAGGAGCUUCUCGAUCAGUAUCUGGCCGAGGAGGAGGCGAAGCGGUUGCAGCUCGAUCUCAACCGCCAGAUCCACGACCGAGCUUUCGCCUGCGAGAUUGUGAAAGUGCCGGAUGAGGAGUGGGGCAAAACCGGCAACAAACUGAAACGCCCGUACGGCGAGGGCUCCUCGUCGUCGGCCAAUCGGGAAGGUUUGCGAUUUAGGGUUUACGCCAAGGGUUUGGUCGAUCAAAUUGACGGUGGAAUUGGGGUGGCGAUUUGUGACGGGAAUGAUAAUUUGGUGUUUGAGCUGAGCAAAAAUUUCAGUGGGAAAGAGAGCCAAUCGAAUCAUGAGUUGGUUGAAUUGAAAGCUUUAAUUGAAGGUCUCGAAAUUGCUGUACUUCUGGGUUUAAAUAUGAUUGACAUUGUUACCGACAACCCCUUGCUCCAUGAAUAUAUGACUGUCAAAAAUCGGCCGAUGAAGGCGAAUGUAGCCACGUUAUUUGACCAGAUAAAGCUUCUUCUAAGAAAAUUUACUUCGAGUAACGCAUCCCUUGUGAACCAAAACGAGAUGAAAGCUUUUAAACUUGCAAUGAAUGCAAUGGCUUCGUCUACUGUCAAUCGGAGUAGGGAGGAAAACAAUCGGACGGAGAACUGCGCUAUCUGUUUCGAAGAUACGUACGCAGAUCAAAUGUUCCAGAUCGCGGGCUGCUUGCAUAGCUUCUGUACAUCUUGUAUGUCGAAACAUGUCCAGUUUAAGUUGCUUCAAGGGAUUUUACCCAAAUGCCCUUCCGAUAAGUGCAAGUCCGAGCUGACACUCGAUAGCUGCAAGACGUUUCUGACUCGUCAGUUAUUCGAUAUAAUGAGCCAACGCAUGAAGGAAGCGUCCAUUCCUGCAGAGGAGAAGAUUUAUUGCCCCUAUCCGAGGUGUUCGACACUGCACUCGAAAAGCGAGCUUAAAGGAUCGAUGGGUAAUUUCAACAGUGAAGUGUUGGGCGCCAGAAAGUGCCCCAAGUGCAACGGGAUAUUUUGCGUAAAUUGCAAAGUCGCCUGGCAUAGUAAUAUGAGUUGUCUUGAUUAUAAAAAGCUAAACCCCUACCCUUGUAAGGAAGACAAGAAACUAACUUCGUUGGCUACUCAGAAUCUUUGGCGCCAGUGCCCGAAAUGCAGCCAUAUGGUUUCUCUUGCUACAGGAUGUUAUCAUAUUUAUUGCAGAUGCGGACACGAAUUUUGUUAUACAUGUGGAGCAGAAUGGAAAAAGAAGAAAGCAACCUGCACUUGUCCUAUUUGGGAUGAGCGCAAUAUCAUUUAUGCAAACCAAAACAGACCUCAACGAGGAUGAGUGCUUCUGACAUGCAAUGGCGAAAAACUUCAGUCGUAUAGGUUUUAAAUAUUGCGUUUUUUUUCUUUUUUCGUUAGUGUUGAUGAUAAUUAUUUAAGUACUAAGGUAAUAACUGCGAUUUUCGAUAUGUUUAUCAGAUAAUAGGGCCAAUGGUUUUUAUGGAAUUGAACUGAUUAACU